AUGGAGGCUACAGUUGAGUAUAGCAUUACUUUAGCCUCUCUUUUUACUGGUUCCCGUGCUGGGGGCCUUGCUGACGACGAGUACUUCCUGCUCUGCACUAGUGGCGCACCUGGAUCUUUACAAAAGGCGUCUCCAAAAAUGUCAGUGAAACCGAUCGCUUUUAUCCUUUAUCCCUUUGUGCACCGAUCGCAAGUUAGUACACAAACAGGACCAAUGAUUGUGACUGAGCAGCAGCCAAUCAGCGGAACGCCAACAUGCAACUGCCAUUUCUUUAAUAAAUUAUUCUCUUCCAUUGUUGAAUGCUAUGUAUCCGAUCUCCUAUUUGGAAAACUUGUUGAUGUGCCUGUUUCCGGGAAGGAGACGACUGCUGAACUUGCUGGACGUGGUUCAAACGUAAUCAUAGUUUGUGCAAAUAUGGGCUGUGCUAUGUCCUUGGAGCUCUGA